AUGGAUAAGGGCAUGGAGGCUAAUACCGUCCCAUAUCCCUCUGCUUUAGUAAGUUCAUCAGAAACAUCAUCUUUUGGGAAAAGGGGGCCCCAAGCUGAAGAAAUGUGGGAAACUUUUCGUCAAGUGAAAAUAAAUUUGCCUUUAAUUGAUGCAAUUUGUCAAAUCCCAUCCUAUGCAAAAUUUUUGAAAGAUUUAUGUACUCAGAAAAGACAACAUAAAUUACCAAAGAAACUUGAUUUGACAGCUAAUGUAAGUGCAAUUUUAUCAAAUUCUCUCCCACAAAAACUUAAGGAUCCCGGGGCACCCCUCAUCUCCAUCCAAGUGGGUGAUGUUGGCAUUGAACGAGCACUAUUAGAUUUGGGAGCAAGUGUUAGUAUUCUCCCGGGGAGUUUAUAUGACCAACAUGACUUUGGUCCACUUAAGCAAACUGACAUUACUGUGGUAAUGGCUGAUUUAUCACCUAAACUCCCUAGAGGAAUGCUACAUGAUGUAAUUGUGAGAAUUCAAGACUUUUAUUAUCCCGUCGAUUUCUUAGUGCUUGAUUCUACAUCAAAACACAUAGAUAAACAAGCUAAUGUGAUUCUGGGAAGACCUUUCUUGGCUACAGCCAAUGCUCAAGUUGGUUGUAGGGAUGGGACAGUGGACCUCACUUUUGGGAAUAGGAAAUUGAGAUUAAAUGUGUUUGCUAAUGUUACUAACCCAUCUGUUGAAAGUGAUUGUUUUGUAGCGGAUGUCAUUGAUGGUUGUGUCCAAACUUACACUUCAUGUGUAGAGGAGGAUAACAGCACCAAAGAAAAUAAUUUUUUUAUGACAGGGAUGCUUUGGAAGAAAUUAGAAGCAUGA